AACCAAAAGGCGAUGUCCCUCCUCCCGGGCUUCUGCUGCAUAGACCUCCUACGUGAUUAAUUAAUUGAUUAAUUAAUUAACCUUUUUUCUUAACCCUCGGGAUCCGUCAGUCAUUUUUCUUUCGCGUGAUGGAAAUGUCAUGGUUGGCUCGAUCGCUGGCCAACUCUCUCCGUCUAGACGAUGACCGUGACGGUGAAGGUGAGGAUGAUGGUGACGACACAACCAUCCCUGAGACCAGAGAAGAAAAGAAUACGGAGGAACCAGAGUUGGAUCAACACGGCCGAGGCGUCAAAGAAGACCUCACCGAAUUCAAACAAACCCUAACUCGUCAGCUGUGGGGCGUCGCCUCGUUUCUUGCUCCUCCUCCUGCACAGUCCUCCGCGCCAUCUAAUCCUCACGACGUUGAGUCAAUCUCCGAUCUUGAACAAUGCGAGCCCUCCGAUCAGUCCGUUUCCGGUGAAAUUUCCGACGAGGAGACGUUCGAUUCCGUUGGUAUCCGCGACGAUAUCGCAGAGAUCGGGGGACGAUUCAGGCCAGAGAUCUCGAAUCCAUCGAAUAAUAGAGCGGUUUCAGAGAUUUCGGAUAUGGAUUCGAAUUUUCUGCCGUUUCGAUCGGACGGCCGGGAUUCGGUGGAGGAGUACGAUUUCGAGGGCAUCCCUGGGAUCACCGAGGAGGUUUUGGCUUUCGCGAGGAACAUUGCGCAUCAUCCUGAGACUUGGUUGGAUUUUCCUUUGGAGGAGGAAGACGACCUGGAUGAUUUUGACAUGUCCGACGCUCAGGAAGAUCAUGCUUUGGCCAUUGAACAUCUUGCACCUAGAUUAGCUGCGCUCCGUAUUGAACUGUGUCCUAGCCAUAUGAGCAAGGGCUAUUUUUGGAAGAUCUAUUUUGUUCUCCUGCAUUCAAGACUUAAUAGACAAGAUGCAGAGCUUUUGUCAACACCUCAGAUUGUGGCAGCUAGAGCAAUGUGGAUGCAGGAACUACAAAAGAAAACAAAGCCAGAACCAGACUGGUCCGGAAGAAGCACUUACUAUUCAAAAGAGAGCACUAAUUUACAUCAGGAGGAUUCUGCCUCCACCAAUAAUUCUCAUUCUGAAAACAUGCCAUUCAGGACAUUUGCUUUGGAACCUGUCAGUUUCCCUGUGACAACUGAUUUGGAGACUGAGAAGUACACGGUUGCAAAUAGCAAAUCUCAAAUCAGUGAUAAGUCUGUCAUUGAAGAAAAGCCAGAGGUCAGAACCAAGGAUUUUCUCCCUGGUCCAUCCUCUAAAGUAUUGAUUCAGAACUACGAGGAUGAUGAGGAUGAUUGGCCGGAGGAUGAAAUCUUAGAAUUAGGUGCCUACAGUAGAACUGUCAUCCCCGUGGGACAUGAAGAAGAUGUAUCUUUCAGUGAUCUUGAAGAUGAUGAUUGUAUUAUACCUAUAAAAUCCAACUAGCCUCAAGGGGUUGUGAUGCUUUUACAAGAAACCCAUGCUUCAAUUCAGCUAAGCAAAGGCUCUGCUGACCCAUCAAAGGAUGGAUCUGUACAGUCAUAUGAUAAAUGGACAUGGGAACUAAGGAGUCAGAGCACUUACUGAGCUUCCAUGACUGAAGUUGAAGCAUAUUCUCUUGCAUGAUGAAAGCCAAAUCAAGUUUUCAUAGAGCAAUUAUGUGUUGAUUGAUUGUGUGAGGAUUGUCGUCUGGUUACCUGUAAAAAUCCUUGAUUGAGACAAUAUAUGUUGUUAAAAGCAUGAAAGCUUCUUUGAUUCAAUUCAUAGAUUCGCCUUCCCAAUUGGGAUGCAAUAGCUGAUUAUUAGUAAGGUUUGACUUUUGAUGGCAAAAUCAGCUUACAGAACUGAGGAUGGAUCAGCCAAUUGUAAUUGAGACUCCUUUAGCCUGAGAUAAUUGCAUAUCCAAAGAUGAGGUUUCACA